AUGGAUGCCCUGGAGGAUGCGAUUUGGGCCAACAGCACGGCGGUGCCCCCACCCCUGGCGCCAAAUGUAUUUGUGGUGGCCCUGGUGGGCAUCGCCCGGGCCGUGGUAUCCAUGACGGUCAGCACCUCGAAUGCCGCCACUGUUGCUGACAAGAUCCUGUGGGAGAUCACCCGGUUCUUCCUGUUGGCCAUCGAGCUGAGUGUGGUCAUCCUGGGCCUUGCCUUUGGUCACCUGGAGAGCAAGUCAAGCAUCAAACGGGUGCUGGCCAUCACCACGGUGCUGUCCCUAGCCUACUCUGUCACGCAAGGGACCCUGGAGAUCCUGUACCCUGAUGCCCAUCUCUCAGCUGAUGACUUCAACAUCUACGGGCACGGGGGCCGCCAGUUCUGGCUGGUCAGCUCCUGCUUCUUCUUCCUGGUUUACUCUCUGGUGGUCAUCCUCCCCAAGACCCCGCUGAAGGAGCGCAUCUCCCUGCCUUCGCGGAGGAGCUUCUACGUGUAUGCGGGUAUCCUGGCACUGCUCAACCUGCUGCAGGGGCUGGGCAGCGCGCUGCUGUGCGCCGACAUCAUCGAGGGCCUCUGCUGCGUGGACGCCACCACUUUCCUCUACUUCAGCUUCUUCGCGCCGCUCAUCUAUGUGGCCUUCCUCCGGGGCUUUUUCGGCUCAGAGCCCAAGAUCCUCUUCUCCUACAAAUGCCAAGUGGAUGAGACCGAGGAGCCAGAUAUGCGCCUGCCCCAGCCCUAUGCUGUGGCCCGACGGGAGGGCCAGGAGGCAGCGGGGGCUGCAGGGGCCUCAGCUGCCUGCUACUCGAGCACACAGUUCGAUUUGGCUGGUGGGGUUGCCUACCUGGACGACAUCGCCUCCAUGCCCUGCCAUGCCGGCAGUAUCAACAGCACGGAUAGUGAACGCUGGAAGGCCAUCAAUGCCUGAGAGUGGCCCCUGUCCUGCUGGGCCUGUGGAGGACAGAUCAGAGAGGCUAGGGGCCCAGAGUCCCAGGCGGAGGAGGCCGAGGUUG